CAACUACUUGAUUAAUCGACAAUGAAAAUAACCGUUAGUUAGCAAGUUUGUAUGAUAAUGACCAUUUUAAGUAGAACAAAUAUGUUUUUAAAAUGAUAGUCACGAGUGCUUGUCUUUUGCGAGUACUUUUUAACUUAAUGUCAGUGAGAAAACAUGUACUUAAUGUGUUGUAGCAGCUGGACAGCAGUAAGCUAGCAAGACGUUUGACAUCAAGCCUCCUUAUCGGUCCUUAUCUCAUCUAAAGCGUCAACAAAACGGGCGUUUUUCUUACCCUCCUGGCCGUGAACACCUACGGAACAGACGUUAAAAGUGAUCCACAAACCGGCGAGGGCGGACUUCACGGUAUUCCCGAUGUUUGGGCUCGUAGGGAGCAUGAUUUAAAGUAAGGUGCAUGCCUCGACGGCUCGAGGUUCUGGCUUCAAUAAAAAAGUUCCAGCAAGAAGUACUGGAUAUUUACUAUUGGCCACGAGGCGUAAACUCCACUUCCGAUUGGCUCUGCGGGCUGUCAAUCAAGGAGCGACGCGCAUUCCAUUCCCAUAUAGGGGGGGCGGGAUGAUCUGUAGGUGAGCGCCGAGGUGGAAUCGAUAUUUACUUUUAUUUUGAAAGGUUGCAAAACUGAACCGAGCUGCAUUUGGAUUAUUUGAAAAGUUUGACGUGUCAAAAAUUGAAAAUGUUGUUUUUUUUAGAACAUUAAUUGGAAGUAUCUUGUUUGCGUGCGGCUUAUGGAGAGUCUUUCAUUGCUUUUCCUCAAAGUAACCCUGCCAUCUUCUGGCGAAAUACACGCAACAACAAAAACAGCAGUUGCACAGCCUCGAUGCAUGACAAAAUAACACAAAACAGCCACGUAAAUACCAUUUCAGCAAAUAACAUGCGCUGUGAGGCUGAAACCAAUCAUGAUGGAAUAGUUAUUUUGAAAUAAUGCGUUUUUCCUUGUUUUUCUCCGUGAGGCGGGAAGACAUGUUUGCGAGGCUUCGCCACCGAGCCGCGUAAGAGCAGUUUGACCGAUUUACACAUCGCGUGCGAACCGGCCGCUUCUCGUGACAGCGGGACAGAUGCUUCUCAGGCAAAUGCUGCCUUCACUGCAGGAAGGGCAGCGGGGCGGCACGGCGCAUGCUCGGCCGCCGCUCCGACAAAACCGGAGGAUGAAAUAUCUGCUGCUGUGAAACGCUCUGCAGGGAGGGGUGAUGGCGGAUGCUGAGGUCACUGUGUCUUCAGGGGAACUCAUGGUGGUGAAGGAAGAGGAGGGGGAGUACAGUGGCAACAACCAUAAGACUCAAGUAAUCCUGCACCUGCAGCCCAUCCUGCACGGGGUAAAUGAUGACACUGCUGACACUGGAACUACAGUCUUGGCCAUAGAGGCUCAUCAUGAUGACAGCAAAGCGGAAGGAGAGGAGGUUGAAUAUGGCUACCCCAUCACUUGUGGAGACAGCAGAGCAGUGCUGCUCUUCAAGAAGUUUGUGUGCCCUGGAAUCAAUGUCCGAUGUGUCAAAUUCAAUGACCAGCUCAUCAGUCCGAAGCAGUUUGUGCACUUGGCAGGAAAAGCCACUCUGAAGGACUGGAAACGGGCCAUCAGACUGGGAGGGGUUAUGCUCAGGAAAAUGAUGGACUCUGGCCAGAUAGAUUUCUACCAGCACGACACUGUAUGCAGCAACACCUGCCGCAGCACUAAAUUUGAUGUGCUGAUCAACAGCACACGGCUUCCUCCAGGGACCUCAGUGCAGCCGAGCCUGUCGUGUCUGGCUCUUGACCCUGUUGGAGGACAGGUGCCUCCCUUGACAGGAGAUGCACACAAUGCAGCAGAUGUAGAGGAGCCUUUGGAGGAUAAGUUAAGUGCAACAGCAGAGUGGAGCGCAGGUCCACUGCGACUUCUAAAGCCCACAACAGCCAAUGGACAUUCUGCCAAGAGAAAGAGGGCUGACACGCCCGAUGGAGUGUUGAGUCUGUGGAAGGGUGUGGCGGACUCUGGGCUGAUGGGAGAAGUCCUGUCUAGUCUCCAGACUGAAUUAUUAACCACUUUUAAAGGAGUGGAACUUCGCAGUGGGCGAGCCAAGCUGCAGGAAACAGAUGCCGUCAUCCUUAAUUCCUUGUGUGAGAUGUUUGGGCUUUUAGACUCAGUGAAGCAAGCUCUGGACCUGAGGCGAAGCCGGAAUGAGGAGAACAAAAUCCACAACAGCAGUUAUGUGUUGGAUGAGAUCUUGGAGGACCAGAGGAAGAAGAGUUGCGAUAAAAGCGCAAUUUACAAAACGUCAUCAUUAAAACACCUUCGACCUCAACGUCAAAGCCAGUCAAACAGCCAGAACUCGCUGUCUUCCGUCAAAACAAGCUCAGUGAUCCAGCCUCUCUCUGUUACCGGCCUAUCUGCUGCAUCUUACGCUCAGCUCACAAUAAACCCUCAGCUAUUUACCCACUUUCCUGCCCUCACCGGCCAACAUCAUGGAGCCGGAGCCGGAGCUGGCAGGACGGACAGGGACGGCCACUGUGCCAUGCUGGAGAGGGAGUACGAGAUCAGUGAGGCAGGAAACCAGGAGAAGGUUCACCGGCUGGGACAGACGGGCAGCGAGAAGAAAGACACCUCAGGGAUCCACAAAGAGCCUGGACAGAGAGAGACUGUGAAGUUUCGGGAAGAAUCGCGAAUUAGAAACGAGGCGGCAGAGGAGACAGAAGGCUUGCAUGACAUUGAAAAGGUGAUUAUAGGAAGAAAGGCAUCAAAGAAACAUAAAAGUAAGUGAGCCAGACGACCCCAGAGGGAUUCAGUGGGACUAAUUGAGAGAAUGUGCCUGAGACUAAAAGGAGACACACGGUGGGGAAACAAUUAAAAAAUAAUAUUACUUUGUCAAACUAUACUUUUCUCUUGUAUUCUCAUAUACACCGAUCAGCUGCAACAUUAAAACCACCUGCGUAGCGUGGUGUACAACCAUCUUAUGCAGCCAAAACAAUGCUAGCCCAGUGACGCAUGAACUCCACAGACAUCUGAAGGUGUCCUGUGGAAUCAGGCACCGAGAUAUGAUCCUUAAAGUCCGGGAAGGCGAAGUGCGGCCUCCAUGGAUCAGACUUUAUUUUACAUCCAACAGAUGCUCAAUCAGAUUAAAAUCUGGUGAACAACUUGAGCUCUUUGUCAUGUUCCUCAGAGCAUUCUUGAAUGUGGCAAGGAGCAUUAUGCUGCUGAGAGAAGUAGAUUAGCAGCUUGUAUUCACUUGGCUCUGUUGAACUGGACAAUGGACACUGGGCCAGUCAACAAAGAGUGUUGAGAAAAGUGCCAGAUCCUAAUAAUGCUCUCAUCAAUUGUAUGUCAGUGUCUAAAGUUUAGCAGGUGUAUCUGCUGACUGCAUCAACAGCAACAGUUGCAGUAACUUAGCCUUCAUUGUCUGCAUCAAUGUUUGGUUAGCUGGUAAGUGUCAAAGUAACAUCUACGUGAAUGUCAGGAAUCCAAAGUUUCCCAGAGCGUCACACUGUCUCUGCCAUCUUAUCCUUCACUAAGUUCAUCUUGUUGCCGUCUUUUCCCCAGGUAAACGAUGCACCUGGCUGUCCACAUGAUUGAAACGUGAUUCCUUAGAUUAGACCACCUUCUUCCAUUGCUUUGUUAUCCAGUUGCCCUUUGUAGGCUCCUUUAGCAGUGGAUAGAGUGGUCAGCAACCCCAUAUACAGCACUCUGCAACACACUUUCUAUCUCAGCCAGCAUGAAAGAUUUCAGAAACUGGUGCUACAGCAACUCUUCUGUGACACUGGACCACACAGGGUGCCCAUGAUUUUCUUACCAGUUCACUGCUUGUCCUUUAUUGAACCACAUUUGGUACCACUUUAUACUGCGAACACCCCACAAGACUUGCCGGUUUGGAAACCCUGUCAUCUAACCACCACAAAAUGGCCCUUGUCUUUACGCUGCCCAUUUUUUCUAUUUUUCCUGCUUCCACCACGUCAGCUUCCAGAACGGUCUACUCCCUUGCUGCCUGUAUCCCAUCCCUCAAGAGGUGCAGCGGUAACAUGAUAAUCGGUAGCUUUAAUGUUGUGGCUGAUCGGUGCAUACUGUAAUGCAGGGGUUAGUAGAGUUGUGGUUGUUGUGGUUCAUGCAGUGGUGUUGCAGGUGCAGAUUUGCUCUUGCACUGAGGUUUUAAAUGACACAAAGACCAUUUUAAACAAGGCUUUUCUAACAUUUUCCCAACUCAAAACACAGUAGAGCUGAAAUGUCUUGUUGAUUGAUUCGCUGACUGCCAGAAAGUCAGACUGCGCUAAUUAUUUUUAAUCACUGAUUAACUGUUUAAGUCAUUUUUAAGCAAAAAUGCCAUAAAGUCCUGGUCCCAGCUUAUCAACUGUGAAUAGGUUGUUUUCUUAGACUGACCUCGAUAUACAGUAUUUUACAAUAUGGAAAAGUCACUUUGGGCUCUGGGUAAUUGCACUAGGCAUUUUUUUUUCUAUUUUGUGAUAUUUUAUGGACCAGAAAUAUUUAAUCCAUCCAUCCAUUAUCUAUAUACUGCUUAAUCUUCAUUAGGGUUGCGGGGGGCUGGAGCAUGUCCCAGCUGACUUAGGGCUACAUAUAGAGACAAACAAUCACACUCGUAUUCACACCUACGAACAGUUUAGAGUUACCAAUUAACCUCAGCAUGUUUUUGAACUGUGGGAGGAAACCGGAGAACCCAGAGAAAACCCACGCAUGCACAGGGAGAACAUGCAAACUCCAUGCAGAAAGAUCCCGGGAAAGCCGGGGGUCUUCUAGCUGCAAGGUGAAAGUGCUAACUACCAAGCCACUGUGCAGCCCAAAAACAGUUAAUCGAGAAAAUAAUUUGCAUUUCAGUUGAAAAUAACCAUUAAAUGUAGCCUACAGAGUUCUCUUUUCUCUUUUGUCUUUUGGACAUCGUAUUAGAACCCCGCGUAGUUGUGACACAACUCUGUUUAAGUGUUUUUAAAUUCCAGGAAUUAAGAAGUCUGUAGCUAUAAUAUCUGAUUCCAUCUUAAAGUAUUUGAUGACAAUAUUUUCCUUUGCCUACAAGUAGCUGACAACUUUUUCAAGAAUUCGUGAAUAUUUUUUCCUAAUAUUUGUAAUUUAAGAUACUUGUUUUGUGAGUUAAAUUUGUGUUUUGAAUUUGACAAGAUUUAGAUUUUGUGAAUUUUUUUCCACUCAGGCUUGUAUUUAGGCCUUAGACCUAAUGAUGCCUAAGAUCUAUGCACUAGACACUCACUGCCCGAAGAAUACAUUAUUCUCAAUGAAAACUAUAUUUCAAGUAAUUACUGUGACUGUUGACGUGCUGUUGCUUUAUACAGGGUACUGAGUACUAAUGUGUGCCGCAAAUACAGAAUCUUGUUUAUCUACUUAUCCUCCCUUUGCUAUAGAAACAAAUAUAAAGGGGAACAAUAUGUUAUACACAUAAAAGUGUGGUUUAUAAAGGGCACUAAAGGUCCAAAAUGACCUUAUACGAUAAAGAACACAUUUCAAAUAAAAGCUGUUAUGUUUGACAUUUUAAAAGAA